AGAGGGUGCCGGCCGGUUAUCAGAGGGGUCGGAUACGCGGAAGCGCGCCAGUCGACGGCGAGACUUCGCCCGCGCAGCUUCCCUCGUUUGUUUCUCCCUCGUCAUCCAUCCGGCUCUGGUCCGUUCUUCACAUCGGUGCAUCCUCCGGUGCGAUUUCCGUCGCGGUUUUAGCGCGCGACUUGGGAAUCCGAGUUUCGGCCCGGUAUCGCGCCGGCUUUUUUGCGCGCACGUCUCCCUGCGGAAAUAUUCGCAAAAGAGAGUGGAAAGGGAAGGAUCCACGUGGUAGUCGCGGGAAGAACGUGGUACCGUCGAGAGAGUAACCAACGUCGUCGGACAGCUUCAGGAGACAGGAUCGUUUGAUGUAGAAGGACGAGGACGAUGACGGGGACGACGCGCCGAUUUUUUCCGCCGCUGCUGCUGCUGCUGGUAGGGGUCUGCCACGGGAUCCAGCAGUUUGAAGAAACGCCACAAUAUACCGAAGUCAAUCCUGGCCAGGACGCGAAGCUAGUGUGUCGAGUCCUCGGGAAGAGAGGACAAUGCAUUUGGCAGAAGGAUCAAAAGCCAAUAGGCAUGCAUUUGAAGAAAUACGAAUGGGUGGGCUCACCUGACAUCGGCGACUGUUCGUUAUGGGUCAGAUCGGCCACGUUAGAGUUCGACGACGGACUCUGGCAAUGUCAAGUAACCGCCAGUGAUUUCACUACGCAAGACGCGUUAGCAUCCGAACCAGCGAGGCUGGUCGUCAGAGUCAGCCCUCAGCGACCGCAGAUAGAGUACGCCGACCGUCUAAUUCUCCCCGGCAGCAACGUGACAGCCCGAGCAGGUGAGAUCGCUACGCUCACUUGCAGAGCGCGGUAUGGGAAUCCUUCGCCUCUAAUUAAAUGGUACGUGGGCGAGACCGAGAUGAGGACGUUGCGGCCCCAGGUAAACUCAACCGAGGUAGAUAAUCCGCGCACUUGGGCAACCUACAGUGUUUGCGAGAUUCUGGCCGAACGAUCACGUUACGGGCAGCCGAUCAGAUGCGUCGCCAUCCAUCCGGCGUACGCCAAUCCCACCAUGUCGUCCAGCACCGAAGUGAGAUUCGACGUGCGAUACGCGCCGGAGACGAGAUUAGUCGGCGUCCCAACUGGCCAGCUCGAGGAGGGCCGCGAUCAGCUGGAAAUCCGAUGUCUCGCCGACGCUAAUCCACCGGCUUCGAUCCUCUGGAGGAAAACCAAGAGUCCUGGGGUGACGGAAGUGGCUAGUAUCGGCGAAACCUUGAUGUUCUCUCCAAUUUAUAGAAAUCACGCCGCUGUUUACCUCUGCGAGGCAUCAAACAUCGAGGGUGAGAGCAGCCCGGUCUCGGUGCAAGUAUCCGUAAACUAUCCACCGACGAUCAGCGCGGUUGGACCGGAUCGAUUAACAACUGCAUUGUUAUAUUCCGGUGCAUCUUUCGAAUGUCACGCCGAUGCGAUGCCGCCAGCCGAGUACAGAUGGGCACAGGUAUUCACGGACGGCCGCAUGCCGUUGGAAUGCGGGACAGGGCAGCGAUUGAUCCUGACGAACGUGACGUACGAGCAACAGGGUCAAUACAUAUGUCUCGCCUCCAACAAGAUCAAUGGCAACGUCAGGGAAGUUAAAAGCGACCCUGUGUCCCUGCAAGUGGUCGGCGCCCCACGGGUGGUGAAGCCGACCAUCACAGAGAAGUUUGUCGUCGUGACGACGGAGGGUAGCCCGGCCAGAUUAGAGAUCAGACUCUGCUCCGACCCGAAGCCGCGGCUCGUGGCCUGGGAAUGGGGUAGCACCAGACUGCACGCCGGUGAAGUGCUGGAACCGCGCUAUCGUGCGCUUGAUCUGGAGCCCCUGGCUUCGGAGGAUUGUUACAUAGCGAUCUUAGAGUUGACGAGUACAGUGAAAGAGGAUCAGAGGCUGUAUCACGUUAUCGUGGAAAACGAUCGUGGCAGUGAUAGACGAGCGCUUAUGCUGAAAGUCGAUGAGCCCGGCCAGAUUCCGCUCGUUAUCGGCGCGGUGGCCGGAUUCACGGUGCUCUCGGUCCUGAUAAUGGGAUUCGUUUGUUUCCUACGUUCGGAUAGAUGCUGCGUAGCCAGAAACACAGUACCGACGCUGCAGCAAGUGCAUUGUACAAAGGCUUCCAACGCUAUGAUAGAGGAUCCACGCUUGGCAGUGGAUACGAUGGAUCGUACAAGUCAGCAGUUCGUUCCGGAGAAGAGAGCCAAUCACGUUCUGAAGCCCGUCCCGUCGCAGCAAUACCAGCAGGAGUGUUAUCAGCACGACCAACACCAACACCAACAGCAACAUUAUCAGAGGCAUCAUCACCACGGGCAGCCUCACGGACAAUAUACGUUGCAGGAAAAAUUCCUUCUACAGGACGAGGAACGGGACACGCUAAAUCGGAUUAAAAAAGGCAAGGAACGAGGAGCGCAAACGUUUCAUCUUUUCUCCCGGAAAGAUCUCGAGGGUUUUAUAUAUAAAUAAAAUAUUGUACUUGUGUUCCCGAGACACACACGACUACGCACACGACCAACGUGGAGAUGUAUAAAUAUUAAACACACACGUUACGUUUUAAUGUACCCAAUACACACACACACAUACACACACACACACACUCUACUGGAUCGUCCAAAAAUUUGUUGAUACACCGAUGAAAGUAAUUAGCGCGUACACAUACGCACUAUCCUCGCGGUUUUUCCUUCGUCGCGCGCUUAAAGUUUAUUAUGAUGUUAACGAUCGUUAUACAUACAAUAUAACCAUGCGAUCAUAUACCGGGAGACGAUACCAUCCAUUAGCGACUCGCGCAAGAAGUUUUUAGACGAUCCAACGUUAAAUUACAAUAUACUUAUGCGACGACACGACGCGCCAUCGCCUCGCACAAGUAUCGAACGUACCUAUCACGUUCUCCGAUCGCGAUAGUCGCUUGAGUGAUUUAUGCGCUCGGUAGGGUGCAUUACGCAUGCAUUUGGUUGCAUCUAGUUCCCGGGUGUCCCUCCACCAAUUACCGCUGUGUCCUUGUUUGUAAUUUAAUUUAGAUAGAUGUGUACAUAAGUAGAGCGUGUCGACGAUAAUGCCGCCCCGCCACCGCAUACCCUUCCCCCCCCCCCCCCGGUCGAUCAAAAACGCGCGCGAUUCCAUUUGUGAGUCGCGUCUCAUCCUUGUAAAGAAAAAAAUUUAACCGGAUUAAGGUGAAUUGAGUGGAAUUCAUUAUGGCAGAAAUUGAAACGCUUAAUCGUAAACUGAAUUCCUAUCAAUUCUCCUGCCGAGUCUCGGCUCGCCUCGCUUUCUAACCGCGGGGGUUAGCUCAUCUCUCGUUCUGUUCUGAUUUCGCUUGCAUCCAGAAAGGAGUGUAUUCCCUGCAGCCGCGCGUCCUGCGGGAUUCAAGAACGUAAGACUGAACACUCGACCGAGAUCGCCGAAUUUACACGCUCGCAGUUGUAAGCAGCUCCUUAAUGAAACGGAGAACGGCCGAGAUCGCGCAACGAGAGAGAUCAUCCAAAUGUUUUCGGAAACUUACACGAUUAUAAGAGGAAUAGCUGUAAUUAUAAUUGUUACUGCCCAGCGAAACUCGUUACCGCCAUACAUUAUGCCCCAUGCUGCCACAUCUGAAAAUUGUAGAUCUGCGCAAUUAACAGAUAUCAGUACUAUGCAGACGUAAUUUCUUUUUACUUUUCCUUUCUUUUAUUCGAUCGUUGACGUCGUAUGCUUGAUACGCUGACAAGCAUUGUGAACAAAACCGUCGAAGAGUGUUUGUAUUAUAGGUGAUUAAUUAGUGAUUGAAACUAAUGCUCAUUACGAUUUAAUAACGAUACGUUGCCAUCUAUUGGACAUGCAUAAGUGCAUAAUGUACAUACGCAUAUACAUACCCGUUUAAAUCACUAAUCUAACGUACGAAUCGUCGUCCAAUUAAUGAAAGUUUGACGUUAACAGCGACGUGUAAUCACCAAUGUGCGUUCGCAAUAUACAUUGCGGCACUAAUGCGCUUCUACGCCGCUGUUGCGAGGAAUAGUUUUAAACAACCGUCAGCCGACGUAGUGAUUCGAUUCACAGUUGUAUAGUGGCCGUAUACGAAUAAUUUAUCGGUUCAACAGAGACUCUCGAAAAAAUCGGGAGCCAAGCGCUGUACAGAUCGUUUCAGGACGACGUGUACGACCAACGAGUGAGCAUGUCGGAAUUGCAUUUUGUAUGUAUACCCUGCACCUCACCAGAGAUUGUGUACAGAGAAACUUCCCACCGAUUACUUUUUCAUCCAACUCGAUGCACCGUAUUAUUUGCCGUUUACCUCAAUCGUCCUACUAAAAGAUUAGCUAAUAUUAUAUCUCCUGUUAUCAUCGUUAAUUAAGUCUGAAGGCGAACACCAUCGACUUUGUAUAAUCGGAUUAACGAUAUGGGACUUGUGACUGUAUGGCGUACGAGAUAUAGUUUCGAGGAAUUGUGCCGAGUUCCCUUUCGUGUAUAAAGUUGUCAUCAUUAAAAUGUGAUCAUACAUAUGGGUACCAUUUGUCAUCACAUCCCAUACACAUCCUAAUCCUCAUGAGAUACGAUUGAAAUUCUUUUUAAUAUUUUAAUCUUAUUUUCACAUUUAAUUAAAAAUAUAUGAAAUAUUCUUGACGUGCGUUAUGUUAACGCAUUGCCGCAUAUGAAAUUCGUCCAUCAUUCAUUUAUCUCGUUAAAAAUCAUCGGCAAGAAUCAUCUGUCAUCGCAUAUUUUUUAACUCACCCGAAAAAAGAGAAGUGUUUAAUUUUAAAAUACUAAAAUAUUAUAUUUCCGCUUCCGUUUUUUAAAUAUUCAAAAAUGUUUUAGUUUUAAACAAUAUAAUUUAAGUUUAAAAUACGUCCGUUUUCCAAUGUAGAUUAACUUUAAUCGCGGUUUAACUUUUUUUGUAUUCUUUUUCAAUUGAUAGAACUAGAAGAAGAUAAAAGAAAAAAAAGUAAACCGAGAUCAAAUAUUAAAAUGUUUAAAGCUAAAACUUUUCAAAUAUUUUAAAAACGGAGGUAGAAAUAAAUAUCUUAACAUCGUAAAAUUAAACAUUUCUUGUUUAAGUGUUUACAAGCUAAAUUAUUAUAUUUAUAUUUGUACUUAACAUGUGAAUUUAUUUUUACGUUAUUAUGUAUAUAUGUACACAUGUACACAUAUUUUACUUCCUUAGUCUCGGUCUUGCCUGCCAUGUUGAAUCUGCUACCUAACUGUAGCCUGAAUUAUUUGACACCUACGUUGUCAAGGGUGUAGAAACAACCCUGCAACUUUACGUCCUUGCGUGCCACGUUUCGGACGCGCCUAGAAUUGCACAGAUUGCACCCAUGCUAGUUUCUAUCCCUGACUGCCAAGUAAUAACCCGUAGAACAUUAUGGUAGCAAUUCAUGCGCCCCUCCCCCUUUCUGUCCGUGCACUAUGCGCGUAUGCAUUCGUAUUAAAUCUGCAUUAGCCUUGCGCAGCUCCAUAUGUCGAACCAUAUUCGAAAUAAUACAUUUCGUUAUUUUUUAAAAGAGGAUUUGUUAUACAUUAUAAAAUUAAUUCGCAUUAAUCUACGUGUACCAGUUGAACGCCAUGCGUUUCUGUAUGUUUGUUUUAUUAAAUGAAAAGAGCUUAUCUUCAUGCCAAAAUUUUUAAAAGCUGGAAUUGCAUUAUACGCAUUAUUAUUACUAUUAUUAUUAUUAUAUUUGAUUAAACAUAAAACUUUUUACAGACAAAAUUCUUACUUUUUAAAAAGAAACGAUAAAUUUAAGAUUUUUAAAUUAAGAUUAAUUGAGACGAUAAAAAAAUAAGUCUCUUCAAACGUAAUGAUUUCUUCUUCGUAAAAGACGAUCUCGGUAAUAAAUAUUCAAGAUUCAAGUUGUUCGAUGAGCAGCAGCAGGCUAAUUCGGAUGGAAAUUUGCGAGCUACCGAGGGUUAAGAUCCUAAGAUGGAAAUUGUGCAGGGGGAGCAGCUGUUUCUCAAACCCGAUCGCUUAGCGACAUUGAAGCCCCAUUACAAGAACGAGAAGCUGCCGCAAUAUACAACGUUCAAGCCGAACAACUGAAGAUUUUAUUAUGUUUAUUUUAUAUCAAUAUACACGAGAAAAAAGACAAAGAGAGUAGACAGUACAAGCGAACGAGGGAACGACACGCAAAGUGGCACGUAAUCAAAAACGCAGAUCUACUUCUGUCAGUCUCACUUAUUACGAAUAUAAGAUAUAUCUAGGAGAAUUGCGUAUACAUAUGUGCAUGUAAUAAUUGCGAACUAUUCGGAUGCGAAUCCGUCGUGGCGUUCGAUCGAAAGACGCAACAGUCAACGAGUUUCUCGCUAAAGAAAAAAAAAAACUAUAUACUGCCGACAAUUUCUUCGGAAAUACGACGAUCGAUACGAUCCCCAGAACCAAUCAAAAAAACGAGAACUACACAUAUUUAUAACGCUUACAAUUAAUAUUGUUAAUAAAACGAUAAUUUUCAUCAGCUACUAUUUUUAUUAACACCUUUAGAGUAAGCAACUAUAUGAGUGAUAAAUUGCGACGUAUUCAAUAUUCUUACGAUGCGGUAAAAUUGUUAGUAAUAUACAUUAUUGUCAUAAAUAAAUUUAUAAUAUUACCUA